AUGAAUCUCAACAAACGACAAACCUGCCGUGUUGGGGAAGUCAAGGACUGGAUUUCCGGGAGUUUCAACGUAUGCAUACCAGUUGACAUUGACGGGCAGGAUGGCAAUGCAUCGAAGCGGGUUCUCAUUAGAUUUCCUUUGCCCUACAAGGUAGGGGAAAGCCAACACCCUGGCAAUGCAGACGAGAAGCUUCGCUGCGAGGCCGCGACUUUCAUCUGGAUUCAGCAGAACUGUCCGUCUGUCCCAAUACCUCGAUUAUGGGGGUUCGCGUUUGCACAAGGCCCAUGCUUCACUGCGAUUGAGCACAUUCCCUUCUUGGGCCGAUUGAAAUGGUAUUUUCAUCGUGUGGUAUCUUCUGUAUUUGGCUAUCCGCCUCGAUCACCUUACUUGCCUCGAAAGUGUUCAUUUAGCCUAACAUCCGGAUAUCUGCUCAUGGAUCAUGUCGGAAGCACUGGAACUGCGAUGCUUUCUGAAUCUUGGGAUAAGCUACGCCACGACCGAGCGCGCAGAACCAACCUUUUUCGCGGGCUGAGUCGGAUUAUCCUAUCCUUCGCUCAGUUCCCCUUUGACCGCAUCGGAUCUCUAACAUUGAACGAUCAAGGCAUCAUCACACUCACUAAUCGCCCUCUAACGCUUCGUCUCCAUCAUAUAGAAAACGAGGCUGUCCCCACCGAUAUAGACAGGGAUCUGACGUAUUCAACAAGCGAUAGCUAUUUCAUGGACUUGCUCUCCUGUCACGACAGCCGGUUGCGCCACGCUCCGAAUUCAAUACGGGAUAAGGCCGAUGGUGAAGCCCAGCUGUCAACUCUGACCAUUAUGCGAGCUCUGCUGCCACAUUAUUCCUGCCGCAAUUACAGACGUGGACCGUUUAUUAUGACUUUAACAGAUCUACAUCAGAGUAAUAUCUUUGUCGACAGUGACUGGAACGUCAACGCACUUGUUGAUCUGGAGUGGGCAUGUUCCCAACCGGUCGAGAUGCUGCAUCCGCCCUACUGGCUUACUAGUCGUGGGGUGGACCAGCUAUAUAAAGGCGAGCAUCUCGAUGCCUUCAGCAAAGUCCAUGCUGAAUUCCUGGGUAUAUUUGAGGAGGAAGAACAAGCUUAUUCUCAAGCUGGGAACAAAACCCUUGGUCUCACAAACAUCAUGCGGAGGGGCUGGGAAAUCGGCAGCUUCUGGUACUUUCACGCCCUUGAAACACCCAAAGGUCUGUAUAAUAUCUUCCUAGAGCACAUACAACCGAGAUUCGCGAAGCUGGAUGAUGCGGGGAUGGUGCAGUUUGAACAGACCGUCUCGCCAUAUUGGGCACCGGAUGUACAAGGUUUCCUUGACAACAAAAUGAAGGAUAAACGAAUAUAUGAAGGUCGUCUUCGUGACGCCUUCGCGGCGGCCACCGAAGAAAACACUCAAGUCUGA